AAAUCCACUCUGCGCAUCGGCCCCUCGCUCUCUCCCUCCCCCCGUCCUCCUCCGCCGGCGUUCGCAGCUGGAUCGCAGAGUAACUAGGCCCAGCUGUGCAAAUCUAGGCGGGCGGCAGCUGCGAUGACCGUCAGGCUACUGUCCAUUGCGGCCCAGGUCACGGCGGCGGCCGCGGCAGUCUCCGCCGCGAUGCUGCUGGCCGGCGUCGGCGUGCUGGUGGUGCUGCACGUGUGCACCGUGGGCAAGGCGUUCCGGAGGUGGUCCACGGCGACCUCGGCCCGGGAUAGGCGCGGCGGCCCCAGCCACGGCCUGUCGCCCGACCGGCUUAAGCGGCUGCCCUGCUACGCGUUCGGGGCGGGGCGGGACGGCACCCUUGACUGCGCCGUCUGCCUGGAGAGCUUCCGGGCAGGCGACAGGUUGAGGCUGCUGCCGGCCUGCGGCCACAGCUUUCAUGCGCAGUGCGUGGAUCCUUGGCUGCUCACGGCGCCGGUCUGCCCCAUCUGCCGGAGGCGCGCCGACGGGCGAAGCCCCGGCACAGCCUCUCCCAACGGUCCAACACAUCAAGCUCAUGUAAGAUUCGAUGUAGAUCCUGUCAGUUAGAUUCUGUAAGCUUUGCAAAUGGAGCGCCGCCCAACUGCUGGCUCAGCACAAACGUAGUUGUAAGUACUGUUCUCUUAGCCUAUCACUGCCUCUUCCUACCGAGCUUUAAACCA